CACCGGUACGACAUCCCUGGUGUGUCGUUCGUUGCGAGGCAUUUUUUCAUGUGUUCGAGGGAACUGAACAUGUGGUAAACAUGCGUACGGUAGAUUAUACGCAUUGUCAGUGCUCAUUCAAGCGAUAGGACGUUGUGACGCUGGUUAUUCAACGCUACCUCACAUUACAGCUCUCUCAAAGUCAGAUUCCGUGACGUAUUCCACCAUCCUCGUCCUUCUAAAGAAUACAUAUGGCAAGGAGCCUCGGUCGACUUUGUCUGGGCUUUCACCGCCUCGGCACACUCUCCUCUGUUGUGUCACCACCCAGCCUGUCGUCUUCCAGCGGGUCGGUCAGGACCAUAUUUGCACGUGCCAUGAUGGGGCUGCCAUCGUUUCUGUCCCAGCCUCGGGACUUCAGCCUGCCGAACUCCUCAUGGGGCUCAGAAAUGAUGCGGUUGUACCAACAGUACAACAGCCAGUGUGAGAUGGAGAUGGAAGGAGGAGAAAAACAGGAAGGGCCGUGGCAAAGACUGCCGAGCUACAACCGCUUCCUCAAGUAUGCUCCAGGUGGCGUUUAUCUUAGUCAGAUGAUCCACUCAAAAGCUCGUCUUUUUACCCGGAACAUCAGAAACCCGGGGGCAACAUUUGAGUAUGUUUUAUUUUUCAAUAGUGAGGAACAGAAGUGUGUGGGCAUUUUCCAGGCUGGACACCUACUGGAGGGGCCGCCAGGACAUGUCCACGGGGGGGCAAUAGCCACUAUGAUUGACACUGUGGUCGGGGCUCAUGCGAACAUCUUAUCUGGACCUGUUGUGACUGCCAACCUCAACGUCAACUACCGCAGGCUGAUCCCACUGGGAAGCACGUUGGUGAUUGAAUCCUCUCUGGAUAAGAAAGAAGCCAAAAAAGUAUUUAUCACAUGCAAAGUGACCAGCAGCGAUGGCUCCAAACUGCACACAGACUCAACAGCACUGUUCGUGUCGAUCAAAAUCAGCCACCUACUCCUGGGAUCGUGAUGCAAACACGCCAGACGACCACCCAGACUACCACCUCCACAAACACUGCCAGCAACCUGAGCCCACACAGUGUGUGUGUGUGUGUGUGUGUGUGUGUGUGUGUGUUUGUUAUUGGUUUGAAGUAUUUUGGGGUGUUUUCUUUUCCAGGUGAUAUCAGAGAUACAUUUAUAUCAUAAUACUUAUACGCUCUCUGCACGCCAAUAUGUUAUUGGUGACAAACUGUAUGGUUUCAUGACAUACAUUUACUUGAUUACCUCUGCUUAGUCUUAUUAACACAUCUGGAUUGGAUUGGAUUCAAUUUUUUGUCUGUGCACAGAGUACAUGUACAGAGGCAACGAAAUGUAAAAUCUACAGUUCAUCGCUAAGCAUUUUUCAUUGUAAAUGUUAGGAUUUAUUUAUUGUAAUUUAUACAGUAGUUGUGGUUUGAAGUACAACUGAUUAUUGCUCAAAGUGUUCUGAAAUUAAUAUUUUAUUUCUUCUAAUAAAGCCUUACCUAUUGGUA